AAAGAGAGUCAACCAUUCAUUCACUCUGAAAAACAUGAGAAGAAUUCUGAAUCCUCUGCUCGGAAGAACUUUCAAGUCCUCCAAUUUCAGACGUCUUAUUCACUCCGCUUUCACCCGCCUCCAAUCGCUCAACACCCAUCGCCGCCGCAGAUAUUCCCAGGAUCGCGACGACGUCGUUCGCCUCCUCCAACAGGAUGGCCUCCACAAUCUCGCCCUCUCUCGUUGCGAGCAAGUAAUUAAACAUCAAAACCUUUUGGAUGCUUAUGGUAUGAUUGAAGGCUAUCUCAAUCUCUUGAUGGACAGAAUCUACCUUCUUGUACAACAGAGAGAAUGCCCUGAUGAACUGAAGGAGGCAGCAUCGGGUGUGGUAUAUGCAGCUUCAAGAUGCAGAGAUUUUCCAGAACUUGAAGAAAUUAAAUCAGUCUUGACUUCUCGUUUUGGCAGAGAGUUCAGUGGUCGUGCUGUUGAAUUGCGCAACAACAGUGGUGUAAAUGAAUUGAUGAUGCAAAAACUGUCCACAAGGAAGCCCAAUAUGGAGAGUAAAAUGAAUCUUCUAAGAGCCAUUGCUUCUGAGAAUGUCAUUGCUUUGCAACUCCAUCAGGACCAACCUUCUCUUCCUUACCAGGAAAAAUUGGAAGGAAACAAAAGGGAAAACCGGGGAGGGCCAAUUGCUAAGAAAUCAAAUGGUUCAUCCAGUUCCACUUCUAUGCAUGAUAAACCAAAGAACACGAGCCCAUAUCGAACCCGUAGCUCAACCCGCAAACGUUGAUACAUUUAUGAGCUUAAUAAUUUUGUAAUAUUUAAACUAAUUUGUUUUGACUUUAUAUCAAUUUUAUUUCCUUACCAAUAGAUUGAAUCAGGGAUAAAACAUGGUAAA